AUGAUGGCAACCAAUGGCCACGUCUUCAACUGGAUGGCCGUCACCACCCAUAGGCUCUUCAGACAACACCGAGUGGUGAGACAGUUGUCGACCACCGAUGACAGCGGUGGUGGCGGACGAGAGGGCACGACAUCGUCGCCCAUAACCCGUAUAUAUACGCGAACCGGAGAUAACGGCAGUUCCGGUCUCUUCGGGUCCGGAGACCGAAGACCUAAAAACGACAGCGUCUUCGAGGCGUUGGGAACCGCGGAUGAGCUGUCGUCGAGCAUAGGCUUCGCGCGUGAGUUCGUGACAAUCGCCGCCAUCGACGAAGAGUUGGAGAGAAUUCAAUGCAUUUUACAAGAACUGCAGUCAAAUAUAGCCACUCCUAAGACCACUUCCAACCCAUCCCUCAUCGCUAAGACGAAGUGGAAUCGAAACUAUUUAAUCGAUUUGGAGCUCUGUAUCGACUCUCAUCAGCAGACACUCCCACCGCUCAAGAACUUCAUUCUUCCGUCUGGAGGCAAAGCGAGUGCAGCGCUUCACAUGUCACGAGCCAUCUGUCGAAGAGCUGAACGACAAUUAGUGCCGCUUCUGGACGAAGGCCUCGAACUGCCUGUCCUUCAAUACCUCAACCGUUUGAGUAGCUAUUUGUUUACUAUCGCCAGAGUCUGUGCCCUCAAUGACCGCAAACCCGAGACUAUCUACAGAAGACAAACGUCUGAUCAGGACUUCGACGACUCAUAAGUGAAGACAACAACAGCUCAUUUACAAUUGAUUUACACUUUUACUGAUUGUUACAAACUAUUAGAGACUUAUAAAGCAUUUCUUAUUUUGUUUUUUCU